AUGCCAGUAGCUGAUGAUAUCCAGUCCUCUUGGGCUGAUGAGGUAGAAAUUGAUCAGGGGGCUCUGCCACCACCUUCUGAGGUAGUUGAAAAUGGUUUGAAGAUUGUCACUGAAUAUAAAUAUGACAAUGACAACAAAAAAGUCAAAAUAGUUCGAACAUAUAAAAUUGAAAAGCGAGUUGUAUCAAAGAGCAUUGCUAAACGUAAGACCUGGAGUAAAUUUGGUGAUUCUGCUAAUGAUAAACCAGGGCCUAAUCCUGCAACAACCAAUGUUUCUGAAGAUGUGUAUAUGCAGUUUAUCACCAGUAAAGAAGAGAGCCAAAGGACUGAUGAUGGUGAACUUGAUGGUCUUAAGCCUCAAUCAAGCAGCGUCAUCUAUAAAUGCCGUACAUGCCAAGGUGAACAUUGGACUUUGAGUUGUCCUUUCAAAAACAGUGAGAUUGUAAUGGCCAAGGCUAAUGAAGCCGCCAAAGCAGCAGAAGUGAAAACGACCACGACUAAUAAGUACAUAGCGCCGAACUUGCGGGAAGGUGCUGCUCGAAACUUGCCCCGUGAGCCGCCGGGCCCUCGACGCGACGACACUACUGCCAUACGUAUAUCCAAUCUUAGUAACUUUGCGGUAGAGGCCGAUCUUGAUGAUCUUGUUCGUGGAUUUGGUCCAGUGCAAAAACUUUACCUCGCAAAGGAAAAGAGUACUGGCCAAUGCAAAGGCUUUGCCUAUGUACAUUUCAAGUUUCGAGCUGACGCUGCAAAGGCUAUUCAAACCCUCAACGGAUAUGGUUACGAUCAUUUAAUUUUGAAUGUUGAAUGGUCUAAGCCACCACAAAAUAAUUAA